AUGUUGGCAAUGGGCUCCACAGCCCGAUAUUCGGGCGGAGCCUGGGAAACAUCAAAUCCAUCCAUGAUUGAAAUGAAGAUAGUUGGUUGGUUUGUUGUGUUCUGGUCCUCUGAUGCUGGUGGCAAUAGUCUGGAAUUCCUCAGACAGGCUGCGCCGCUGCUUCUUAUUCCGUGUGGUGGAUGA